CUGACAACUUUAGCACUUUCAAUGUUUCCACGCAGCGUCGCCCGUCAGAGCAGAUCAUUGCAUGAAACAAGCAGUGUUUCUGGCUCUUUUUUUAAUGCUUUCUUCCAUUUACACGCCCGUAGAAUCCAGCCCCAGCUUCGGGUGAAAACACCUUUAGAAGCGCCGCUUGUUCCAAGAUGUACCACUAGAAGCAAGCACACGGAUAGAGUUGUAGAUUCCCAAUCACGGACCAAAUACAGCAAACAUGCACAAGAAGUCCAAAGGGUACCUGGACCUCCCGAAAGUAGCCGCGAGUACGGCGAUCCAGAUGCUACACUUGCAAUCGACCUCAGUAGGGAGAAAGGUAUGAGCUUAUUGGAAGCAGCUCAUGCAUCCGGUGCUCUCCAGAUCAGCCCACAGCUCGUCUCCAAGUUGCUCGAGCAGUUGUCGAAAUUUGGCAAUGACAAUGAUCCAAACAAUUUGCGAAAUGCCUGUGCCUAUUUAGGUAUAUCAAUCGACGCUGCUUACACAUUAGCACGCUUAUUGGUUCUAUCUCCAGGACCACUUGAUCAAUACCGAGGCCGACAGAUUUUGCUACAGGCUUCUGCCCUCGGCUCAGCAAAAGCGACUAUCUACGUUGUCAAGACGGCUACGAAGUCAAAGCAACUUGGGAAGCAAGAGGUACAGCCUGCACUCAAGCAUCUACAAGAACUGGCCUCGCAAGAGCCUCCUAUUCUGCCCGCUCAAGUUGCGCAAGCGAAUGUGUAUUAUGAAAAUGCGAUGUACGAUGACGCAGAAAAGAUGUACAGGAAAGUGAUUGAUCACGUGCCAUUGGAUCGAAACUUUUCACGCAUCAAACGAUUGGCCAAGGGCUUGCGAGAGAGAUAUGCGGCCUCAGAACCAGACGGAUUAGUCGUGGCUAAGAAGUUUACGGUCGAAGACAAAGACGUAGAGUUAGACGUGGUCUCAGCUCGUAUGGGACUGGCCAGGAUCCAGUACUACAUCAGAAGUGAUAAAGACAACGCUAUCAAGAGCUGGGAGAUCGCGGCGUUGGAUCAUGAUGAUCCUAACGCGUACUACGAACUUGCGAUGCAUCUCGAAGAAUUGGCAAGGAACACGAAACAAACAGAGCCUUGUCUUGAGAAAAAUUUUGAUAACAUGUGGAUGCGAUUCGUUCCUUACAAAUGGUUUGAGUAUAUGAUGAAAGCGGCGGCCAGCGGGCAUGCGGAAGCUUGCUACAAAAUCGGCCUGCUGUACAUGCUCAAAAAGCAAGGCCUUGCUAGCCAAAUCGUAGACCUAAGAUUGCGGCGCGCUUUGGAUGACAGCCCUUUGCUCCGGAAUAGGAAAAGUGUCAGAGAUUGGGUCCGAGAAGCGAUGUCGAGCAAAGGCGUUGUGCUCUGCCGGGAGGAGGACCAGGAUGAAAUCAUCCGUCGAUGGUUUGAAUGUGGUUCGCAGUCUGGUUCCAACUCUGCUAAAAUGGCUCUUCAGCUUGUCGAGGACCUGAAAUCUAAGCAAUUCAAUGGAUUUCAAAUAUGAGAAUAGGUAAUUACCAGUUAGCGCGUGGUCGCUAGUGGGCCGCGUUGUAUUGAACGAAAAGCAGCGCAAAGCAGGACGCAAAUCCAGUGGCGCUUCGAGUGACUCUGAAGUUGAUGAAGGAACACAGUGUUGCGCAGGAGAAGAGGGAGCUUAGACAAACACAAUACAGCUUAGUAUUCCCCCUCGUCACGCACAUAGAUACCCUGACUUUUGAAAAAAUUUUAAAAAUUUACUUGUGGCUUACUGCUUUAUUAUAAUCCAAUCCAUUCUUUAAUUCCAAUUUAC